GCACUGAUGUACAGUAGUCCAACUUUUAACAGCAGGCACAGAGGCGCUCUUUUAUUUUCUGGUGACGGACUAGUGGGAGAAGAGACGCCUGUUCAUUCGGCAUUGCUUGCUACAGCUCUACCCAAAAGAUACAUGUGGAUUUUUUUCCAGGUUCGAAUGAAGCUUAGCCUAUAGGCCUAUACAUUUGUGUCAAAUAUUUAAGAAGAUCUGAAAACUUGUCGUUUUCCUUUGAUGUUCUGCAGUCUUUUACGGACGCAGUUUCCUACGCAAGUAUCCUAGCGUAGACUAGUUGCAUUAAUACAGGCCAACUAUAUUCAUUCAGAUUUUCUUGGAGUAAAUCAACAAUAUAGGCUACACGGACAAGUAUGUGGGGAAUAACGAGGACGCGAUAUGCUGAUUGCAAUGGCUCGGAGGCCAGUGAGGAGACCGGGAUUGUCCUGAACAUCGGUGGAGUAAUACAGGUGUUGUGUGGGGAUGUGCUGAACCGUUUUCCGGAGACCCGACUAGCGGAACUGUGGAACACCUCCAAGGGGUGUUUGGAGGACUUAUCCUCGCUUUGUGACGACUAUGACUCAGGGAAAGGUGAAUUUUAUUUUGACAGAGACCCGGACGCGUUUAAGUGUAUAAUUGAGCUGUAUUACUACGGGGAGAUACAUAUUAAACGGGGCAUCUGUCCAAUUUGUUUCGUAAAGGAGAUGGAGUUCUGGAAAAUCGACUUAUAUUUCCUGGACGAUUGCUGUAAAGGCGACCUACAGGAGGCGGAGGACGAGCUUGCAGAGAUUGCCGAGAAGGUUCAAACUAUUCUGGUCGACCGGGAAGGGGACCCCUCUGCCAGGGGCUGGCAAUGUUUCCAAAUGUGCUUGUGGAAGCUUUUGGAGAAGCCGGAGUCGUCGCUGUCCGCGCGCGUCAUCGCCAUAGUGUCUUUCCUCUUCAUCCUCAUCUCCUCGGUGGUGAUGUGCGUAGGCACCAUCCCUGACCUGCAGGUGGAGGACGCUGAGGGCAAUCCCAUAGAACACCCGAUCUUGGAGGCCAUCGAGACCACGUGUAUCGGCUGGUUCACCGUUGAAUACGUCCUGCGCUUGAUAUCGUCCCCGAAUAAAGUGAAAUUCGUCCUGUCCUUCAUGAACAUCAUAGAUUUCAUGGCCAUCAUGCCCUUUUACGUGGUGCUGACUUUGACGUCUCUGGGCACGGCUAUGAUGGAGCUGGCUAAUGUGCAGCAGGCGGUGCAGGCGCUGCGCAUCAUGCGCAUUGCGCGCAUCUUCAAGCUGGCGCGCCACUCCUCUGGGCUGCAGACUCUCACCUCGGCCCUGAAAAGCAGCUUCAGCGAGCUGGGGAUGCUGCUCAUGUACAUGGGCGUUGGCGUCUUCUUGUUCUCGGCACUGGCCUACACCUUGGAGCAGAGCCACCCGGAGACCAUGUUCACCAGCAUCCCGCAGUCCUUUUGGUGGGCCGUCAUCACCAUGACCACCGUGGGCUAUGGAGACAUCUACCCCAAGACCACGCUGGGUCGGUGCAACGCGGCCGUCAGCUUCCUCUGCGGGGUGAUUGCCAUCGCGCUGCCCAUACACCCUAUCAUCAACAACUUCGUCAUAUUCUACAAUAAGCAGCAGGUGCUGGAGACCGCGGCCAAACACGAGAUCGAACUGAUGGCGCUGCGUUCCAGCGAGGCAUGUGCAGAGGAGAGCGGGCCCCACAUACAGCGCAGAUCAGUCGGUGUCGCGGCCGGAGUGUGGGACAAUGCCAUGCGCUCCUGUCACAGUGACACCUACAUUCCCCUGCUGAAAGACCCCAGAGCAGGAGUACAAACCCCAAGCUUGGACAGGAGCUUUGACAGUUCAUAGCUGAGUCAAAUCACCCCUCUUCACAGCGCACAGCUUUAAUGGUCCUACAGUAUAUGCCCCAAAAACAUCCAUUGCGAGAUCACAAAUGAUAAUAAAAUCACGAUAAAGAACUUGAUGACCCAUUGUAAAAUGUCUCAAAAUAUAAGUUCAUUAGUGUAUUAAUGUCACGUUUCCUAAAUACAUGAACACAUAAUUUGAAAAAAAUAUAGAAAGAAAAGACAAUACAAGUAUAUGGGUGAUGCAAUAGUGUAAAUAAUAGAGUAGGAACUUGUGGUUAUUGUAAAUGUAGACCAAAGUGGUUGGUUCAUGUUUACGCUGGAACAUUGGUCACCAACCAGGAGUCUCCAACCAGGAGCCACCAACCAGGAGUCUCCAACCAGGAGUCUCCAACCAGGAGUCUCCAACCAGGAGUCUCCAACCAGAAGUCUCCAACCAGGAGCCACCAACCAGGAGUCUCCAACCAGGAGUCUCCAAACAGGAGUCUCCAACCAGGAGCCACCAAAUAGGAGUCUCCAACCAGGAGUCUCCAACCAGGAGUCUCCAACCUUUUCUAGCAUGAGAGCUACUUUUAAAAAAUGAAACAUGUGGCUAGUUACAGUUUUUUUUCUAGCUUUCAAAUAGGCACAUUCUUCUCCCCUCCCAUGCACCUCUUCCUCAGGUCCUUGAAGAGAAAGUAUUGCACUGUUUUCACUCUCAGUAUACCUGGUAAAAUAUUUUUAAUAAACAACUCUAAGGGGAGCCCUAUAAAAUCUGUGAUUUCUUCCCCAAAUUAUGGGGAAGAAUUAUGUAUUCUCAGUUAGAUUUUUCCUGGUUUUAGAUAUUAUUAUUUUUUGUUCACUCUCAAAAUUACAAUUGUUCAUGGCGAAACAGCCCAUGUCAAUGCUUAAAUCACAUCAAAAUAUUGUAUUUUUUACGUCUGGAAGAAAACGAACACAUUUCGAUUUUUGAGUGCAUUUCCCCUUUAAUUGAACAUCUGGCCCUUUAAUUGCUCAUCUGCAAGUGAGGAAUGUGCUGUCUAAUGUGCUGGUCUAGUGAUGGUUCUGUACCACAGAAGUUAACAAGUUAGCAGUUAACAUUUAAUUGAGAAGGUUUUGGGGAAAGUAUUUCUGUCAACCCACAAGUGGGAUAAUGUCAAUGUUGCUUUGAUUGUGUAGUAGCUGGGAGCUUACGGUGUCUGAUAAUUGUGACAUUUAUUUAUGACAGUUUGCGAUGGAACACUUCAAAAUUGCAUGUACUUUCAGAAUUGGUUGUUGAGCUACUCAUAGGUGGGCUGCGAGCUAUUGGUAGCUCACGAUCGACCUGUUGGAUACCCCUGGUGUAGGCCUAUAGCCGAGGCUACUUGACAGUCAUCUCAUCUGUGAUUGUGUAAGGUCUAAGUGCUGCAAGAACAGUACUCUGUCACUCCUCCUCUUUAUAACCUUGGACUGACAGUCAAAUGGACCUAAUCACCGGUGUAUUGAUAAGCGGGUAGACGUGGUGCUGAACAGCGCCAUGUGUCGAUGCAGUCCACUGCAUAUGCAUAAAGUUAUACAGUGUGUCUAAUUUUCCUCUGUAAAAAAAGUAUAUUAAA